CUUCUCUCUGUCUCUCCCAGACACAUAAACUCUCAGAGGGAACCAAAACCAAGAUUUUCAUGGCGUUCGCAUCUUGGUUCUCUCGUUUCAGUUCUUCUUCAAGGAACAUUUACAAGAUCAUCCAGAGUUCAUCCGUCCACCAUAUUCGCACUCAUAGUACUUGCACCGUAGAGGCUUUCAACUCCGGGGGUACUAAACCAGUGCGGUCAUGGUCAAGCUCUCUUAUUCCCCUGGCCGUCGCGCUCUCUGCUGGAUCAAUUGUCUUUGACAUUGAGAGAAAUCCUUCGCUGUGCGAUGCCGUCGGUGUUGAUGAUUACCGUGGUGGUACCGUUGGGGGCAAAGAUAGCACGGACCUUCUUGUGAAAGGUUCCCGCAAGGAUGCACCCCAAGAGCUUAUGGACGAAUUGAAGACAAUUUGUGGAGGAAAUAUGACGCUGGAUUAUGAUGAGAGAUACUUUCACGGGAAGCCACAGAACAGUUUCCACAAAGCAGUAAAUAUCCCUGACACUGUUGUUUUCCCAAGGUCUGAAGAUGAAGUCUCUAAGAUUGUCAGAUGUUGUAAUAACCAUAGGGUUCCUAUUGUACCAUAUGGUGGAGCUACGUCGAUUGAGGGUCACACUUUGUCUCCACAUGGGGGUGUUUGCAUCGACAUGUCACUGAUGAAAAAUGUUAAAGCACUGCAUGUUGAAGACAUGGAUGUGGUUGUCGAGCCUGGGAUUGGAUGGAUGGAGCUUAAUGAAUACCUGGAACCUUAUGGUCUUUUCUUCCCACUUGAUCCAGGUCCUGGUGCAUCCAUUGGGGGCAUGUGUGCUACACGUUGCUCUGGGUCAUUAGCUGUAAGGUAUGGAACCAUGCGUGAUAAUGUCAUCAACCUUAAGGUUGUUCUGGCAAAUGGGGAUGUAGUCAAGACUGGUUCUCGUGCAAGAAAAAGUGCUGCAGGAUAUGAUUUGACAAGGCUGAUAAUUGGAAGUGAAGGAACCUUGGGAGUGAUAACUGAAGUUACUUUACGGCUUCAAAAAAUUCCCCAGUACUCAGUGGUCGCGAUGUGCAACGUUCCAACAAUUAAGGAUGCGGCUGAUGUUGCUAUUGCCACUAUGCUGUCUGGGAUCCAGGUGUCAAGAGUAGAGCUGUUGGAUGAGGUUCAAGUGAAGGCUAUCAACAUUGCUAAUGGGAAACACUUGCCUGAAGUUCCAACGUUGAUGUUUGAAUUUAUUGGGACAGGUGGGAGUUAAUUCUUUUCUUGUCUUUUUGGUGGCUCAAUUUCAUGUGCUACAUAUUUAUUUUCUCUUUCUUAGCAGGAAACUGCCAUUCAGUUCCUUGAACUAUGUUUGUCAGUGGAUAUAUGGUGUUUUUUUAUAACUUGCAUCUUGUGGACAGAAAUCAUUGUCACUCAACUUGGUCAACGUGCGAGUCUUUUCUUCCCAUGAUUUUUAUAGCACUUUGUUCUAGCCAUAAACAAAGCUAAAUGAAAUUGUAUAAAAGAGGUUUAGAUUAUCCAUUAUUGCAUUCUUUUCCUUUGCAAGUAGGAUUGUUUAAGAGAUGGCAUGAAAAAUUGAUCUUCAUUGUCUCUUAUCUUGAGUUAUCCUUAAAAUUUCACAACCAUCAACUUUGAUUUGUCUUAAUAGAAGUUUUAUUUGGCUGGGUUUAGUCCUUGGUACAUACAUUGUAUAGAAAUUAGACCUAUUUUCUGUUGAUUUCAAACAAAUUUAUUCUGCUAUAGGUUACUUAAUCAUCUUUAUGUGCAUACUGAGUCCAUCUUUUUUUUUUUUCCUCCUUUGUAUUGAAGUUUCAAUAUUUUAUGAACAUAUUGAUUGGUUUCAUUGUUUAGCUUUUAUGACAUUAUCAGAGACCAACUCUUCAACUGUUAUCAUUUAGUUUCUGUUCUUGGCAAGGAUUAGAGUAUCGGUGUCGGUUGCUGUAUCGGUCGGCCAAAAUUGAGGGGAAAAAAAAAAGGAAGCACUAGCAGCGGUGCUGCCAGCGCAGGACAA